AUGAAUUGCGUCUCUAGUAACCAAAUCCGACUUCGGAAGACCUUUUUGAUGGGGGUAACUGGUCAAAGUAGAUUCAGCAAGAAAAUCCAAGUUGCGCUCAACGAGCUUAGAACUCAGAUAAAUGCAAUUGAAAGCAGGCCUGUAAUUAUGGGAAAUGCGGAGUCAAUGGAUGAACCUCAAGAUAAUUUUUACCGACCACCCCCUUCUUAUGCUGGGAGUCCAGUGAAUAAUAGUAAUAAAAGUGUAACGGCAAAGAAAAAGUCAGGCAAAGCUCCUCAAAAAAAAUAUGAUGUUUUUGUUAGCUUCAGGGGCCCGGACAUUCGUCAUGAUUUUCUCAGCCAUUUGAUUGAUGCUUUUCGUCGAAAGCAAAUAUAUGCCUUUGUAGAUUAUAAACUUGAAAGAGGAGAUGAAAUAUCACCGUCAUUUUUUGAAGCAAUCGAAACAUCAUUAAUUUCAUUGAUCAUAUUCUCAGAAGACUAUGCUUCUUCACAUUGGUGUUUGGAAGAACUUGAGAAAAUAGUUGAGUGCAGAGACAAAUAUGGACAGACUGUAAUACCUAUUUUCUACAAUAUAGAUCCCACAAAUGUACGACAUCAAAAGAAGAGUUAUGGAGAAGCGCUAGCUGAACAUGAAAAAAAGUAUAAUAUGACAAGGGUGCAAACAUGGAGGGAUGCUUUGAACAAAUCUGCAAAUUUAUCUGGAAUUAAGUCAUCAGAUUUCCGGGAUGAAGUCCAGCUACUUGAUGAAAUCAUCAAAACCAUCAAUCAUCAAUUAACGAUGAGGUUAAAUAAGCAGCCAAUUCAGUCAAAAGAACUUGUUGGAAUUGGCAAAUCAAUUGUACAUUUAGAAUCAUUGUUACGUCAGGAGUCAAAAGAUGUGCGUGUUAUUGGAAUUUGGGGUAUGGGCGGUAUUGGCAAGACAACCAUUGCACAAGAAAUUUUUAACAAACUAAGUUCUGAAUAUGAUGGUUGUUGUUUUUUGGCAAACGUGAGAGAAGAAUUAACAAGAGGCAGUGUCAAUUCCUUAAAAGAGAAACUCUUUUCUACAAUAUUAGCUCAAGAUGUGAAAAUUAACACAGCAAAUGAAUUGCCCGGUUCCGUGAUGACGAGGCUUGGUCGUAUAAAGGUUCUCAUUGUUCUAGAUGAUGUCAAUUAUGUAGAUCACCUAAAAAUUUUGGUUGGAGGUCAUGAUCGGUUUGGACUAGGUAGUAGAAUCAUUGUAACAACUAGAAAUAUGCAAGUGCUUGUGGCUUACAAAGUUGAUGAUGAUGACAUAUACGAGGUAGGAGCAUUGGAGUUUGACGAAGCACUUGAGCUUUUCAAUUUUCAUGCCUUCAAACAAAAUCAUCUUGAUAUGGAGUAUUAUGAGCUAUCAAAGAGGGUGGUCAAAUAUGCCAAAGGGAUGCCGUUAGUUCUUAAAGUUUUGGGUCAUCUUCUUUGUGGAAAAGAUAAGGAAGUGUGGGAAAGUCAGAUAGACAACAUUAAAAGAAUACCAGAUAAGACAGUUUAUGAUGUAAUGAAGCUAAGCUAUGAUGAUCUAGAUCGCAAAGAUAAAAGGAUAUUUUUAGAUCUUGCAUAUCAUGCAAGUGAUAAUGCAGUGGUUGCUGGGUUAGAAAGGCUCAAAGACAAAGCUCUUAUAAUUAUUUCUAAAUAUAAUGUCGUCUCAGUGCAUGAUAUUAUACAAGAAAUGGCUUGGGAAAUUGUUUGGCACAGAUCUAAUGAAGAUUAUGGAAGCUGCAGUCAUUUGGGGGAUCCUAAUGAUGUUUUUGAAGGAUUAAAAUAUGACAAGGGGUCUAUGGCCAUUAGAAGCAUAAGGGCGUUCUUUUCACAAGGCAGUGAGCUCAUGUUGAGCCCUCACGUAUUUGCUAAGAUGAGCAAACUACAAUUUAUGGAUUUUGAAUGCGCAUAUGAUCUGGAAUGCUUAUAUCUUCUUCCUCAAGAGCUUGCAUCUUUGCCAACUGAACUAAGAUAUCUUCGUUGGAAGAGUUACCCUCUGAAAUCCUUGCCAGUGAAAUUUUCUGCGGAAAAACUUGUUAUGUUGGACUUAUCAUACAGUAGUGUGGAAAAACUUUGGGAUGGAGUACAGAAUUUGGUGAAUUUGAAAGAAGUUAACCUCUCUCGGUCGAGAUUAUUGAAGGAGCUGCCAGACUUUUCAAUAGCCACUAACCUUGAAGUACUUGAUAUCUCUUGGUGUGAAAAGUUGACUAGCGUUCACAUAUUCUCUCUCCACAAGCUUGAGGAAUUGGAUGUACAUUGCUGCAGUUCCCUUGUCAGACUUACAAGCGAUACCCGUUUAAACUCUCUCAAAUGUCUGAACCUUGAAACCUGCCAUAAACUCAGGGAAUUCUCAGUAACAUCAGCGAAUAUGAUCGAACUGAAUUUAAGAUUCACCUGUGUGGAUGCAUUGCCCGCAUCUUUUGGACAUCAAAGCAAGCUUGAAAUCCUAGACCUUGCAUGUUGUGAAAUUGAGAGCUUUCCUUCAUCAAUCAAAAAUCUUACAAGACUGCACCAUCUAAACGUAGAUGGUUGUCAGAAGCUUAAGACUCUACCCGAACUUCCCCCCUCCCUUCAAACUCUACUUGCCAAAUAUUGCAGAUCAUUGGAGACUGCAUUGUUCCCUUCAACUGCCACUGAACAAUUCAAUGAAAAUAGGAGAAGGGUUCAGUUCUGGAAUUGCUUGAACUUAGUUGAACAUUCUCUCAUGGCUAUUGAGUUAAAUGCGCAAAUUAACGUGAUGAAUUUGGCACAUACAAAUUUAUCCAUGGGAGAACACCGUCAUAUUCAAAAUUACUAUCGUCAAGCAAAGUACGCGUAUGUGUAUCCAGGAUGCAGAGUUCCAGAUUGGUUGGAGUAUAAGACGACAACUGAUUAUGUAAUUAUUGAUCUCUCUUCUUCUCCAACCUCCCCUCCGUUAGGCUUCAUUUUCGGCUUCAUCAUCGGAGAGAAACAAGUAAUUAGCUCAUUGAAAUUUAACAUCAUUAUCACUGAUGGUGAGGGUGAGGGUAACAUGGGCAGUGUCCAUAUGUACAUGGCUACGCAAACUAUCGUCUUUGCUGACUCUGAUCAUGUGUGUGUGUUGUACGACGAGCACUGUUCUAGCUACCUAAAUAGCAAGGCCAGGACACAGACAAGGUUUAAAAUCAAGGUUACAGUAGACUCAGAAAUAACAUCAUUGCGGAUUGCCUUAAAAGGGUUUGGGGUUCUUAUUGUUCUUGAUGAUGUAAAUGAUCCAAAUCAACUAGAAGUUUUAGUUGGAGAUCAUGAUUGGUUUGGAACUGGUAGUAGAAUCAUUGUAACAACUAGAGAUAAGCAGGUGGAAGAAGUUUAUGGUGUGCUGAAAAGUAAGAAGUCUUCCGAGGCACAAGCAUCUGGUGCUAGUGGAGCAACUGGCUCUACUUCAGAAAAGGGUAAGAAGAUGGAUGACAGGAGUAUUAAAGAAAGAUUACAAGCUAAACAAUCUGAGGAAAAGUUUAAGAGAAGCGGGAGUCAACAGAGUUGGGACAAUGAAAGACCUCUUGUGCCCCAGUGUGACAACUGUGGGAGGCAUCACAAGGGCGUUUGUUUGAUGGGUCAAAACGUAUGUUUCAAGUGUGCUAGACCUGGUCACUAUGCGAGGGAUUGUCCCCAGAUCGUGGGACGAGUUGCUCAUGUGCAAGUGGUCUAUGACCCUUCAGCAGCGGCAAAUGUUAGCACUUCGACCCAACCCCAGCUAGAGAGGUUCCCACGCUUGACGGGAG